GGCAGGUCGUGCAUCUUCCGGGGACUCCCAGGCUCGCCCCUCAUCACCUGGACCAUCCCCACCCGCCGGGGUCAGCACAGGGCAGCAGCGUUUGGCGCGCACCCAGCCGGGUCCCACCCGACCCUCCUUCCUCUCGCUUCGCCACAGUUGCGUCCCCGAGGGGCCCCCCGGAGCUUGCCCGCUGCCCACGCCCUCGCUUUCGCCGCCGAACCCCCAAGCCGAGGCUCCCGCACGCAGCACCUCCCAGGAGCGCGGCGGGCUGACUGGGCAUGCUCGGGAGCCCGGCCCCGCGCCGUGGGAACCGAGCGAAUGCACUCGCCGGGCCGGGGGUUCGCCGUCCAGGGGCGCGGCGCCCAGGCGGCCGCCCUCGCCGAUGCGCUGGCCAGCCUGCGCCGGACCCGAGCCAGGAUGGCGUCCCUCACCGCCUACGACAGAGAUGUGAGCAGUGGGAGUUAUAACCUGUCCUCCGCAACCACGGGCAGCUACUACAGCUGUGUCAGCCAGAUCACCAUAGGCUACGACGUUGCUGGGCCUGUUGCAAUUGGACUCACCCACUGGAAGAAUCCCUAUGUGCAAGGCAGACCGCCCCUCCCAUCAGAUCUGCCCCUCUUCCUCUCAAAAGAUGCAGGCAUCCCUGUGUACCACCAGUCCUUCACCCGCAGAGCUGACCUGGCCACACCUUUGUCUUGUCCGGCCUCGCUGGCCAUCACCCCAGUGCCUUCCUACAGCAGCAGCAGCCAGGAAACCCUGAGUCAAGACACAACAGGUUUAAGUUUAUCUAUUCAUGGGGCUGAAAAGCGCUUGCAAAUCCAUCAACGGCGAAGUGUGGCAAGCCGCCCAGGCUCACGUCGUCGCCUGCCUGUGGUCAGGCAUUCCUCACUCCCACCAGGCAGAAGGUCAAUAAAAAUGGAGGCCAGCUCUUCUGGAAUCACUAAUGGAAAAAACAAAGUUUUCCACGCAGAAGGUGGAGUGGAUUUGCAAGGCCACCAGCUGGAUAUGCAAAUACAGCCCGACGGCCCAAAGAGUGAUGUGGACUUUUCAGAGAUUCUUAAUGCAAUACAAGAAAUGGCCAAGGACGUCAAUAUUCUUUUUGAUGAAUUAGAGGCUGUCAACAGCCCUUGCAAAGACGACGAUUCUCUCCUUCACCCUGGAAACCUGACCAGUACUUCAGAGGACGCCAGCAGACUAGAAGCAGGAGGAGAGACAGUUCGAGAACGAAACAAAUCAAAUGGACUUUACUUUAGAGACGGAAAAUGUCGAAUUGACUACAUUCUUGUGUACAGAAAAUCCAACCCUCAGACUGAAAAAAGAGAAGUAUUUGAAAGAAAUAUUAGAGCAGAAGGAUUACAAAUGGAGAAAGAGUCCUCUCUAAUAAAUAGUGACAUUAUCUUUGUGAAGUUGCAUGCCCCAUGGGAAGUCCUUGGAAGAUACGCAGAGCAAAUGAAUGUAAGGAUGCCUUUCAGGAGAAAAAUCUAUUACCUGCCCCGUCGAUACAAGUUCAUGAGCAGGAUCGAUAAACAAAUAAGCAGGUUUCGGAGAUGGUUACCUAAGAAGCCAAUGAGGCUGGACAAGGAGACACUGCCAGACCUGGAGGAGAAUGACUGCUAUACGGCCCCCUUCAGCCAGCAAAGGAUCCACCACUUCAUCAUACACAACAAAGACACUUUCUUCAACAACGCCACAAGAAGCAGAAUCGUGCAUCAUAUUUUACAGAGAAUAAAGUACGAAGAAGGAAAAAACAAAAUCGGUCUGAACCGCUUGCUUACCAAUGGCUCCUAUGAAGCUGCCUUUCCUCUACAUGAGGGAAGUUACAGAAGUAAAAACUCCAUUAAAACGCACGGAGCAGUAAACCACCGACACCUCCUCUAUGAGUGCUGGGCUUCCUGGGGUGUGUGGUAUAAGUACCAGCCUUUGGAUCUUGUAAGGCGGUAUUUUGGAGAGAAGAUUGGACUGUAUUUUGCCUGGCUGGGCUGGUACACAGGCAUGCUCUUCCCCGCCGCCUUCAUUGGGUUGUUUGUCUUCUUGUAUGGAGUCACCACUCUGGAUCACUGCCAAGUCAGUAAAGAAGUCUGCCAAGCCACAGAUAUCAUCAUGUGUCCUGUAUGUGACAAGUACUGUCCAUUCAUGAGGCUGUCAGACAGCUGCGUUUAUGCCAAGGUGACCCACCUUUUUGACAAUGGAGCAACCGUGUUCUUUGCUGUGUUCAUGGCAGUCUGGGCCACUGUUUUUCUGGAAUUCUGGAAGAGACGCCGAGCAGUGAUCGCUUAUGACUGGGAUCUGAUUGACUGGGAAGAAGAGGAGGAAGAAAUACGCCCCCAGUUUGAAGCCAAGUAUUCCAAGAAAGAGCGGAUGAAUCCCAUUUCGGGAAAGCCAGAACCUUAUCAAGCAUUUACAGAUAAAUGCAGCAGACUUAUCGUUUCUGCAUCGGGAAUAUUCUUCAUGAUCUGUGUGGUGAUCGCGGCCGUGUUUGGCAUCGUCAUUUACCGGGUGGUGACCGUCAGCACUUUCGCUGCCUUUAAGUGGGCGCUAAUCAGGAAUAACUCUCAGGUUGCGACCACAGGGACUGCAGUAUGCAUCAACUUUUGUAUCAUUAUGCUGCUGAACGUGCUCUAUGAAAAGGUCGCACUUCUUCUGACAAACCUAGAACAGCCUCGCACAGAAUCCGAGUGGGAGAACAGCUUUACCCUGAAAAUGUUUCUUUUUCAGUUUGUCAAUCUGAACAGCUCCACAUUUUACAUCGCAUUCUUCCUCGGGAGAUUUACAGGACACCCAGGUGCCUACUUGAGAUUGAUAAACAGAUGGAGGCUGGAAGAGUGCCACCCUAGCGGAUGCCUUAUUGAUCUCUGCAUGCAAAUGGGCAUUAUAAUGGUGCUAAAGCAGACCUGGAAUAACUUCAUGGAACUUGGCUACCCGUUAAUUCAGAACUGGUGGACUAGAAGAAAAGUCCGACAAGAACACGGGACUGAAAGGAAAAUAAAUUUCCCACAGUGGGAAAAGGACUACAAUCUUCAGCCGAUGAAUGCCUAUGGCCUCUUCGAUGAAUACCUGGAAAUGAUCCUUCAGUUCGGAUUCACAACUAUCUUCGUGGCAGCUUUUCCCCUAGCACCCCUUCUGGCCUUACUGAAUAACAUCAUUGAAAUCCGACUUGAUGCUUAUAAGUUUGUUACACAGUGGAGAAGGCCUUUGGCUUCAAGGGCCAAAGACAUAGGAAUUUGGUACGGAAUUCUUGAAGGCAUUGGGAUUCUCUCUGUUAUUACGAAUGCAUUUGUCAUAGCAAUAACGUCUGACUUUAUCCCUCGCCUGGUAUAUGCUUAUAAAUAUGGACCAUGUGCUGGCCAAGGAGAAGCCGGGCAAAAGUGUAUGGUUGGCUACGUGAACGCCAGCUUGUCUGUGUUCCAGAUUUCUGACUUUGAAAACCGGUCUGAGCCAGAGUCCGACGGAAGUGAGUUCUCAGGAACGCCCCUGAAGUACUGCAGGUAUCGGGACUACCGGGACCCUCCUCACUCCUUGGCACCCUACGGCUACACACUGCAGUUCUGGCAUGUCCUCGCAGCCCGGCUGGCUUUUAUCAUUGUGUUUGAGCACCUCGUGUUUUGUAUAAAGCACCUCAUUUCCUAUCUGAUACCAGACCUCCCGAAAGAUCUAAGAGAUCGAAUGAGGAGAGAGAAGUACUUGAUCCAGGAGAUGAUGUACGAGGCUGAACUGGAGCGCCUCCAGAAGGAACGGAAGGAGAGGAAGAAGAAUGGAAAAGCACACCACAACGAGUGGCCAUGACCAGGUGACAGCUGAUUUCCAGGCUAAAGACCUGAACUCUGUAGAGAUGGCCUAAGUGUGUAAGGUCCUGGUGUCUUUUCUCUCUCCAGGUGACAGCUGAUUUCCAGGCUAAAGACCUGAACUCUGUUCUCUUCUUCGAGCAGUGCAAAAGCACAUUCAAGUGAAUGACUAGCUGUGCACCCACAGUGCGUGCUGCAGACAGCGCUACGUGUGCUGCAGACAGCGCUACGUGUGCUGCAGACAGCGCUACGUGUGCUGCAGACAGGGCGUCAGUGAGGAGAAGACCGAGGUGGAGCCCCGCUGCCCUGAAAUCAAACUGCAGUGCAGCACACAACUGCUAUCUAUCCAUAGACCAUUCUUGACCAAGCAAGCAUGCACGUUAUGGGCAGUUACAUUCUCAAGUUUUUAAAACCAAGGGGGAACUUGUAUACUGGGCCUGUUUUUCAGCCUGUUUGCUACCUUUUUUGCAUUCUCUCCCAUGUGGAUUUUACAGACACUGGGCUAAAAAGGGUAUUUGGACACCUGGACACAUUCCUAGAAUGUCAUCAUGUCCUAAUUCUCCAUCACCAAAUGACACAGACAAGACCCUGUUUACAACUUUUUCUUUCUUUUUUUUUUAAGUUCAGAUCUUUCUGAGAAGAUUAUUCUAUAUGACAUAUCUAUAGCUAUGUGUAUGGCCAUAGAUGUAUUUCUGUGUGUACAUAUGUAUAGUCAUGUAUUCCUACAUAUGUACAUACAAAUGCAGAGAUAUAUAAAGUACAUAGGAAUUCCUUACUUGUAAAUAGCCAAAAAGUACUGACACGAAUGAUAAAUUUUCACAUUUAAACAGUCACCAACAUGAAGCCAUGUUUAAUGCUUGUAUAAUGUGAUACAAUAAAAUUUAAAAUAAAUUUAUGCACAUGGAAUAUUUUAGCUGGCUCUUCUGAUCUUGUGUUUUCUCCUUCUGGAAUAAAAAGUAUAACACAGUGA